UAUAAUGCAGCUUUUCGUUAAAUUUCAAUCCUGGGGCUGCCUCUACCUCUCGCCAUCACUAAUAUAAACACGAUCUAACUACUACUCUUUACUUCAUUCUUUCACCUACAAACCCAAUGACUUUCAAAGAAUUCUUAGGCGGAAUAACAGAUUCUGGCAAACACACAAAUUGUUUUUCAAAGGUAGAAAAACGAAAGCUCUUCUUAUUCUUCAUUGCCACUAUCCUAGUAAUUGCUGCAGUUAUUGGAGUAGUCAUUGGAGUAAAUUACUCACGAAAAAAUAGCUCAAAUCAAGCCCAAAUCGAGGCCAUUUCUCAUACCAUAGUGAAAUCCUCAUGUAGCAUCACUUUACACCAAGAAUUAUGCUACUCUACAAUUGCAAAUAAUAUCCCAAAUUUCUCCAAAAAAGUCACAAACCAAAAGGAUGUCAUUCAGUUAUCCUUGAAUAUUACAACUAAGGCCGUGCAACGCAACUACUACGCCAUAGAAAAGCUAAUAAAAACACGAAAGGAUUUAACAGAAUGCGAAAAAAUCGCGUUACACGAUUGUCUGGAGACGAUAGACGAGACAAUUGAUGAGCUACACACGGCUGUUGAAGAUUUGGAAAAAUAUCCUAAUGCUAAGUCGUUGAGACAACAUGCAGAUGAUUUGAAAACUUUAAUUAGUGCUGCUAUUACUAAUCAAGAGACUUGUCUUGACGGGUUUUCACAUGAUGAAGCUGAUAAAAAAGUUCGUAAGGUUUUGCUUAAAGGGCAAGUUUAUGUGGAGAAAUUGUGCAGUAACGCUUUAGCCAUGAUUAAAAACAUGACUGAUACAGAUAUUCAGAAUGAGAUGAAGUUAGGUUAUUCAGGCAAAGUGAACAGGAAACUCAACAGCGGAGCAUGGCCGGAGUGGUUGUCUGGCGGAGAUAGAAGAUUGCUGCAAUCACCGUCGGUGAUGGCGGAUGUGGUGGUGGCGGCAGAUGGAAGCGGAGACUACAAGAAGGUGGCUGAAGCAGUAGCAAAAGCACCUGAAAAGAGUAGUAAGAGGUAUGUGAUUAGAAUAAAGGCAGGUGUAUACAAAGAAAAUGUGGAGGUGCCAAAGAAGAAGAAGAACAUAAUGUUUAUGGGAGAUGGUAGAGAGAAUACUAUAAUUACUGGAAGCAGGAAUGUCAAAGAUGGUAGCACUACCUUCCAUUCUGCCACUGUUGCCGCAGUAGGAGAAGGGUUCUUAGCCAGAGACAUAACAUUCGAAAACACAGCAGGGCACGAAAAGCACCAAGCAGUUGCACUUCGAGUGGGUGCAGAUUUAUCCGCCUUCUACAAAUGUGACAUGUUAGGCUACCAAGACACUCUUUACGUCCACUCCAAUCGUCAAUUCUUCGUCCAAUGUUUCAUUUCAGGCACAGUCGAUUUCAUCUUUGGUAACGCUGCAGCCGUACUCCAGGACUGCGACAUCCACGCUAGACGUCCAGGGCCGGGCCAGAAAAACAUGAUCACGGCCCAAGGGCGAACGGAUGCCAACCAGAACACUGGGAUAGUGAUUCAUAAAUCUAGAAUUGGCGCUACUUCGGACAUGAAAUCAGUUCAGAAAAAUUUCCCUACGUAUUUAGGACGGCCGUGGAAGGAAUAUUCUAGAACUGUGAUCAUGCAAUGUUCGAUCGCGGAUGUGAUUAGUCCGACAGGGUGGCACGAGUGGAAUGGGAAUUUUGCACUUGAUACGUUGUUUUAUGGGGAGUAUGAGAAUACAGGUGCAGGAGCUGGGACAUCAGGGAGAGUGAAAUGGAAAGGUUUUAAAGUUAUUACUAGUGCAACUGAGGCUCAAGAUUAUACUCCUAACAAGUUUAUUGCUGGAAACAGUUGGUUGAGCUCCACUGGUUUUCCUUUUGCUCUUGGUCUCUAAUAUUGUUUCUUGUUUUGUUUGGCUAGACUUUUUAUUACUUUUUAGACAUUGUUAAUUAGUUUAUAACUUAUAAGGUCGUUGGUAUUAGCUAAUACCAGAAUAAAUUUUAUAUCAAAAUCUUGAUAUUAGCUA